AUGGUGCUACGCUGGAUUGGAACCAGCGGGAACUUGGUAGUCCAGUUCGAGCCGCUGACGAGCAGGAUCUGGGCGCAUCCCUUCGAUGACGCCCCAAUAGAAAUUAUUGGUGACCAACCGUGGCGAAAUUUGGAUAUUAUGACGGCGCUCAACUACCUAUUGCACUCACGUCCCACGCGAGACGUUCAAAAGACGCUGGCCAUAUGCUCGAAGCGAUCCAGAGUGGCGCGGUUGUUCAUCGAUUCGCGAUGGUGCGCCUGUCGUGACUGGAAAUAUUCUGAUGAUCCGCCCCGAGGACCUUGCAGUUGCCUCAUGGACACGACCAAUGUGCAUGCCUUCUUUGGCAAUCACCCAUUAAUGGAAAUGACCUUUAUUGCCGAAGAUAGUGACUACAGGAAGCCAAUUUCGGAAGCAAUAGUCGAUAUGAUCCAACGUUUCGUGGGUUAUAACUUUUUU